AUGGAAUAUGAAAGGUGGCUUCUGGAGGACGCACUCGAUUUUGAGUUUGACGGCAGAGGAUAUCUGUAUGAACCAGAAUACACCCAAGAGGAGCUACGGGAGAUGGAGGCCAGGGCUACGGAGGCGCCUGAAGCUCCGGCUGAAGCGGUCCCCAGGAUCGCGGGAAAUUGGUGGUGUGCCUGUGGGAAGUGCAGGCAGAUGCCGACGGAGCACGAAAGUAGGUGCUGCACGGAGUGGGACCUUGUCGUCACAGCUGGUAUGGCCAACCUCAAUGUCUCGGUCGACGAGACUGUGUCGCCCUGCAUCUCUCUAAAUGAAGUGCGCCAUCUCCUAAAUAAAACCGUGCUGGAGACUUUCUUCUGGGUCCCUAAAAUUAACUGGAAGAAACGCCCCACACCCGAAGGACCGAAUGGCCAACUGUCAGAUAGUCAAUACCGACUUGUGGCUUAUCGAGUCAUUCUGGAGUGGGCCCUCAAAGGUCAACCACUGGGACGAGGAAAUCGCCUUGCAUUACCCAGUUGCGUGGUGUGGGCUGUUAGGAAUGCGUUCCCAUCCCCCACUGGACAGUAUGCUGGGUUUAAACCCAGUGAGAUAGAGGAAUUAUUCUGAAUUCAUUAUUUUUAUUCUUAUUCCAAUGUAUAUCUUACCCUUCUGUUCCUACCUUCUGUUCCUACCUAACUGCAUUGCGUUUACUUUUUAAUUUCUUCUCAAUAAAAAAACUUUUGUUCAAAAA